AUGGUUUGCAUCAUCAUCAUCAACAACAACAACAACAACAACAAUCAAUCAAUCAAUUGUCACAAGAACCGAAAGUUCUCUCAUCACUACAUUUCGAGAACCCCAUCAAUCAAAAUGCUCUUCAACAACAAGACCCUUUUCCUAUACGGCCUCAUUGCCGUCGCAUCCGCUUCCCCAGUCCCUCAAGCUGUAACCAAGGAAGAACUGAGCAACAUUGCCCAAGAAGUCACCAGCAGCAGCGCCAGCAUCACCACUACCCCUCCUACGCUCGACACCCGUGACCUCGAAACCCGCGGGAGCAAGAAGAAAGUCACAAGCUUCAACUGCAAUGGCGUCAAACUGGAAAAGAACGAUGUUGGCAGCGCGGUAGCGAAGAUGAAGGGUGCCAAGGAUAGGACUAUUGGCAACUAUCCGCACGAGUUCAAGAACGGCGAAAACACCUUUGCCGGGGUUAGCAAGAAGCUGCGUGAGUUCCCGAUUAUUCAGGGCGGAACGUUCAAUGGUGUUGGUCCUGGCCCAUACCGCGCUGUCACGGACUAUAAUAACGCCUUUGUUGGUGUUAUGUGGGAGAAGGCAGUCGGAGCUAAGAUGACGAAGUGCACCCCUGUGACUGAGACGACUACUGCUGCCCCCCAGAAGACAACUGCUGCUAAGAAGGACGAUAAGAAGGACGAUAAGAAGGAUGAUAAGAAGGACGAUAAGAAGGACGAUAAGAAGGACGAUAAGAAGGAUGAUAAGAAGGACGAUAAGAAGGACGAUAAGAAGGACGAUAAGAAGGACGAUAAGAAGGACGAUAAGAAGGACAGUAAGACCGGCAAGAGUGGAAAGUCUGGAAAGACGCACUAA